GCGGCGAGAGGGCGUGUAUCGCGUCGCGCUCUAUGUGUACCGUGAGUUCGUGAAUGCGUGAAAAAGAAAAUGUUUUCGCGGGUUUUAUUGACUCCGUUUAUAUUGAGAAGGCUGAUGUUACGAUGUAAAUUGUCUGAUUAGACAACGUGAAAUGUAGUCCCCUUUAAAUACACUUUCAAAUCAAUAUUCAACAUAAGCGGAGUCAUGAUUAAAGACUAAAGUAAAAUGGAUAAACAGAGUCGUGAUAAAGACUAAAAUGGAUUACAAAGAGCGGGAAAAUUUAACCUCCAUUUUGAGUGUGUAAAAGUGCAACAAGAUGGACGACAGCUCACCAGAUCUGUCGCUGAAGCUGCGGCGGGGGUCCAGCGAUUCCAGGGAGUCGUUUUAUAUGGACUUCGCUCAGGGGAUCGACUCGGACAUCGAGGAGGUGACCACCAUAGAGAGAAUCAUUCCGGAGCACCCUGGGGGUAGGGGCGAGGGGGAUGCGGACACCCUGGCCACACCCUCGGGGCUUGAGGACAAGGAUCUGUCGCAAUGUUGUUUCUCAAUCCCGGCGAACAACAUGUCGGGGGGGUCCCACGUGUCCCGGGCGACGUUUGGGGGAUCCGAGUUCUCGGGGAGCUCCGCCCCGCCGCUGCCGAGCCCGGCGUCCGCGGGGGCUGCUCUAGUGUCGCCGGAGACCCUGAGCCGCCACAGCAGCCCCCCGCCUAUACCGGCGCACCCCGCGCCAUCGUGCUCCUCGCAUAGGGUUCACAUGGAAUCACCUUUGAGAUUACCAAGCCCGCCAGCGAUGCCGCUGGGCACUGUAUCCCUGCAGCCUAUACUGUACGGCCAGGGCGCGCCGCCGCCGCCCGCCCGCCGCCCAUCCCGCCCUUCCGCCGCCCUACAGAACAUGCACUCUAUAAGCGCGAGUGACGCGCUGGCGACGACUCUAUCGGCGCUGUACGGCAAGCUGCUAGUGGUGAUGGGGGUCGCGUUCCCCAUGGCUGAAGUCAUAUCCACCUACAUUCCACCGUCGUUUUAUGAGGGUUUCUACUUAUACCUAUACAUAGGCAGUAUGGUCUUCCUGCUAUACAUGUACGCGGCUCUCAUGAGGGAACGGUCGCGCUCCUCGCCAGAGAAAGUUGUAGUAACGAAAUCAGAAUCGAGUUCAUCACCAUCAGAGUCGGAUUCGUGUUCGUCGCACACGGAGCAGAGUAUGGCCACCGCGUCACACCUACCACCGCAUUUGGCAGCCAAGCGACUGUCUCUGGGCUUCGCGCUGGCUUCCAGGACCCAUCACUAUGGAAGCUUCUAUCUAAGAAUGGGUGCUGUUGCAUUCGGCAUCGGCUCCAUGAUCUACUCCGGUCUGGAGUUCGGUCAGUACUGGGAGCUGGAGAGAAACACCAACUGUCACAACGUGCUGCUCGCGCUGACUCCGGCCACGAGGAUGGCCUUCAUCUUCAUACAGAUGUACUUCAUCUUUCUGAACAACGAGAUGAAAGUGUACAAGCACAAGAUAGUCGCGCGUUUCGGUCUGAUGCACAUGGUCGGGACGAACUUGAGCGUGUGGCUCAACGUCCUAGUGCAGGAGACGAAACAUGAAAUCCUGACCUUCUACGACCCGGAAAAUAAGACCAUCGGACUCUCGCACAGACUAGCGUUUCAAAAGGCGUUCGCUUCACUGUCUACGGAAGUUCCGGCGUCGCACCCCGCGGCGGCGCAUCUGCGGGUGCCGCGGGGGCUGAAGGGGCCCCAUCACAUCUUCGAAUGCCGGAGGACGAACAUAAUGGGCUCGUUAGUGCAAGACGCCUCCCCCUUCCUCUUCCCCUGCACGAUAGAAUACUCGCUCAUAUGCGCAGCCAUUCUCUACGUCAUGUGGAAGAACAUCUCCAAGUAUCCUUCGAAGGAUGUCGCCGAGGCCAUCGCUAAAGCGAGACUUCUGGAGGGUCUAGCGUACAAGAAGUCCCCCCAUCUAUACAGCGUGGAUUGCGCGAGAGCCCACAAAGGUUUGUUCUUCGGAAUACUCGUUCUAGUGCUCACGAUCAUUUCCCUGAUACUAUUCUUCGUAUUGGUGUCGAAGAAGGAUUACGCGACGUUGGCCGUGGUCGAGGUGAACGUUUGCGAGCUAGCUCUGUACGCGAUGACCACGCUAGCGAGUUUGGCCGGGAUGUUCUGCGUCCGGAAUCUCAAGUACGACGGCAACAGGAAUCUCGAGUUGGACAAUAUUCUGCUGGUAGGCGCUCAGACCGGAAUGUUCAUCUACGGGACUUUCACCAUCAUCGGCGGACAUUUCACCAUCGAGAAGAAUACCAUUUUGAUUCUGAUCACGGCUCUGUCCUCUCUGAUUCAGACGACGUGUCAGACGAUGUUUAUCCUGGACGCCAGUCGCCGAUCCGCUAAGACACCGGAACAGCUGCGCAAGAAGCCGGGCAGAGAGAUAGUGACGUUUUUGCUGGUGACGAACCUGGCCAUGUGGGCGAUCAACACCCUGGAGAAAUCGAGGGCGGAGUCCCAUCCCGUGCAGCUCCACUUCUACGGGCUGUGGGCUUGGACCAUCAUCACGCACGUGUCGAUGCCUCUCGCUAUAUUCUAUAGGUUCCACUCUACGGUUUGCCUCUGCGAGAUCUGGAAGCGCGCCUACAAGAUGAAGCCCGCCUACAUGUAGCAAAGAAGGAUCCGCUUCGCCAACGGCUCGUGCCAUCUGUAAUCUGAAAUACUCACGAGAAAAUUAGUGCCAUAGGUUGUAUAGAACUGUAAUCUUAUGUAUGUAUAGUCGUAGUUUCCUCUCGCCGUGUCGCGCCGAAGGUUUCGCGUCAUUUCAUAGCUCGCCGGCUCCUAGCGUGUUGUUCGACGUUGACUGCUCUCAUGUUAAGUUAUUGUAUUUAGAUAUUUUAUUACGUUAUUUAUUUGUAGCUUUAUAACGCUUUAAACGUGGCAGAACUGAUACGACAGUAUUUCUCAACGAGACGGGUUAGUUUAUUUUAGCUCCUAGCGUUUUAAAGUUACUUUUAUUGUUAGGUAGUUAUCUACUAGAUUCUGUGUUCAUUUCUCAUCUUGCUUAGUUUAAGUAGGAGUAAGGUUAAGUAGUAAGUUCGCAUCCACAUUCCAGAAAUCACUCCAUUACUACGCAUCA